GCAAGUUAUGCUUUCCUGAUCAAUCUUGAACACGCGUCUUACGGUCUUGGCAAACGUUAAUCUUGGCAUCUGCAACUAGGCUGUUUAGCAGCGUCAUCUUCUCCACCUGACUCGUUUUGCAGCUCGAAGCGGCGUCGAAAUGAGCUGUUGUGACAGGGUGCGGUGAUUUCAUAGUUGGUUCUGAAGGUGUGGUCGCAUCAGCGAUGUUUACACGCAUGCGCAGCUGAUCUGAAAUCUGACAUGGCGGAUGAUCCGCAGGUCGCCAGUCCAGUAAGAAAUACCUCCGAUUCAAAUCACGUAACGAAGAAAUCAGCAUGUAGCACACCCAUGACACAAAAGUCACCAAAACAAGACAUGUACUGGUUUGCGUACGCCGCGGAUCCUCCGGCGGAGCGGCACAGACGGGGUCUCUGGGCCCAGCAGGUAGACGAACUAGCAAGUCUCGAGCAGGAGCUCGAUGGUGCGACAAGUGCGCAGAAAGAGUCCCCCUGCUCCCCUUUAGACACUUACUGGUUUGCUCACGCUGGCGGAGAUGCACCAAGUGAGGAUGGCAACGAACGUAGGUUAUCCCCAGACAGGAGCCAAGGGGGUGACAGCGCAUGUGGGGGCGCCGGUGACUCGCCCCAGCAUGCGCAGCUGUCACGGGAGGAGCGGCUACGUCUCGUGAAGGAGCGGCAGGAGGAGCAGCGGGCACGGCGCUUGCAAGAGCUGGAGCAACAGGCACAGGCUGCACAGCACUACCGUGAGCAGCUGGAGGAAGAACGGCGCCGGCGCAUUGAGGAGAUGCGACAGCGUGACCACGAGCGUCGGCUUCAGGUGGAAGAACGCAAGAGGCUUAUCUGGGAAGCCGAUCACGAGCGGAAAGAAGCCAUGCUGAAACGGAACAUGGAACGAGAGGGCAAGCUGGAUGCCCGACGCAGCACCGCAAACCGUAUGAGCAUGAGUUUUGCUUUUGGCAGCUCUACGCCGAGGACCUUUGAUCUGGAUUUAGCCACCAUGAGCUCAGCUGGUGCCCCGGUGCUGAUGUCAGCAGCGCCUCAGAGGAAAUCGGAAGAGCGAGACUUUGAGAGCAGCCGCAAGAGGGCAGCAUCAGCCUACAACUUGUGCCAAGCAGCAGAUGACUCGUGCCCAGCUCAGGGGGCAGUGCCCGAUGUGGCAUUUGUGUCCCCCACCACGGGGGGUUGGCUUGUGGGGUCAGGGGUCACAGUGGACUCUCGCAGACGUGGCCCACAAGUGCCCUGCUUGGUGUCUGGCCCAGGCGAGGACCCCAUGACGCGCAGCAUGACGGCGCUGCCGAGCCAACACAGCCGUGGAAGACGCAAGACGGACCUGAUGCCAGUGAUCCCGUGGAACCGGAGCUGUGCCGCCUCGCGUUCUCGAUCGCCAGCUACGGCCCCGUCGUCUUCAUCAGGUGUGGCUCAGCGUGCCGUGAGCAUGUCGCGCCUGGAUGUGCUUGCACAGCCCCGGCGGCCCCGGCUGCUUCCGGCCAGCCCCAGCACGAGUGCUGCCACACCGCCAAGUAUGGCUGCCAAGAGCAUGCUCAACUUGUCUUCGGGCAGCCCUCCCUCCAGGCGGGGGGUAGACAUGUCGCAAAGCAUGCUGCUGCCGGGCAGGGGUGGUGGGCUGGGGGGCAAGCUGCGAUCGGCACGCAGCAUGAGUCAGCUGGCACCCCGCCCUACGCGUGCCUCCCAGCUUAGGGCCACCAACAGGAUGAUGGCAACUGACCAGUGGCAUGCUAGUGAGUACCCUGACCACGGUGAUGGGUUCCUUGCAACCAUCUGUACGGGCAAGGAGCAACAGUCGCCAUCACGACCUCGUUCCUCCAUGUCGGUGGCAUCGGAACACUCGGUGGCCUCCAGUCAGAUGUCUUCAUCAGUGGUGAUGCGUCCAAGGCCACCGCCACGAAAGCCUCGGCCACUCAGCAUUGCUGGCACCAUUCCUGACAAAGCACUGCAGAGUAGGCCGAAUGUCUCCCCAGAUAAGACAGCAUCUGCUGUGGUGGAGAAGAAGAAGGCGAGAUCGUCCAGCGGUGCUGAAGGCACUGCACCCGAGGUGCCGCCAAAGCCGGCCCACCUACGCAAGCCACAGAAGCCUCAGCCACCAGCGGCCUCGGCCUUCAGGAGAGAGCCACGCUCUGCUCCUCCUGCCGCUGCCAGAAGUGCCACCAAGGACACCGCGCCCAAGGAGCGGCCAAAGGAUCCCCUGCCUGCUUCCCUGCCAACGGCAGCGGUGGCUCCGAUCGUAGCAUCUGCAGCUGGAAAACUAGUCCCUGUAGCUGCGGCGGCUACAGUUGCAGAGCCCAACACAGCGCCCCCGGAUGUAGUUGCCUCAAACGUUGUCACAGCAGGCAACCAGAAACAGAGGGAACCUUCUACAAAAAAGAGCCAUCCCGAGGCACAGGCUGCAGUGGAUGAGCAGGAACUGAAGGCUCCAGCAGUGACGGGGGAGGUCCUUGCCACCACUGAACCUGCAGAGGAGCAGAAGUCAACUGUGCCCCAGCAGACCACUGGUGGGCCUGACAGUUGCACACAGCCAGCCACACAAGGCCCUUCAGACCCAAGCACUGAUGAGGGCCAGCCCAGUAAGCCAGCGCCACGUGUGAUCUCUGAGGAAGAAGCACGGGCCCUGCUGGCUGAAAAGCGCCGCUUAGCACGAGAGCAGGCCGAAAGGGAGGCUGAACUGGAACGCCUGCGGCAGGAAGAGCUCAGGCGCCAGGAGGAAGAGCGUUUGCGACAGGAGGAGGAAGAACAGCGGCGUGCCGAGGAAGAGCAGCUCCGGCUGGCCGAAGAAUUUCAUCGUCAGGAGGAAGAGAAACUUCAGCGGGCCAUUGAGGAGCAGCAGAAGCGCGAGGCCGAGGAGCGUGAGCGGCGUGAGCUCGAGGCCCAACAGAAGGCAGAACGCGAGGAACAGGAGCGCAAGGCUCGCGAGGAGGCCGAGAGGCAGCGCAAGGAGCUCGAAGAGAGGCUCAAGCGGGAAGAGGCCGAGCGGGCCGAGAGGAAAAAGAGGGUGGAAGAGAUAAUGAGCCGGACACGAAGGAGAGGUGCCAAGGACAACCCAGCCGGCAAGCUGGCUGGAAGUGAUGCACAGGCAUCACCUGAGCGGGAGAGCUCUCCGUCUGUGUCCGGCCGGUCUUCGCCUCAGCUUUCGCAAGACAAGUUGUGCGACGACAAGAGCCCGGUGACGCAGCCACAGCACAAGCUAGAAGCAGGGCCGCAAGCGCUAGAGUCGGAAGCAGCCACAAAAGAGCCCGAAGAUAGGGGGGAGCAGCAGGGGAUGUCUCUAGGAAAUGUAGCAAUGCUGGCGGCUGGCUCGCCGGACUGUGUGAAUGGUAGGGAAACAAUUGUGAAGAGUGUUGAUAGUUCGGUGGACUGCAGCGGCGACGCUCAGGGCGAUAGCAGAGUGGUGGAGGAGCCCAUGGACCAAUCUCCUCCUCACGGCAAGUUUUUCUCCCCUCCCUCUGCGGCGAGCGAAGGGACAACAGUGCCACAGCCGCCACCAUGCACCAAUGGCUACGGCUCGCACCACACCAACGGUGGAGGAGGUGACGGCAUCAUCAAUGGCGUUGGGUCUGAGAAAGUUGCCGACUUGCUGGGUCUGGACUCUCUGGGACCCCUGAAACCUGAAGUCUUGAACACUGGAAGCCAGGACGAGGAGAAUCUGCGCAACUCGGGUGACAUCAACUCCAAUCGUAUUGUGCCCACCGGGAACCCACUAAUUGGCUUUGAAGAAGACAACCGGAAUAGCAGCAGUAAAGGCCAAGAUAUGCAGUUCACCGAUUUGCUCUCGUAAUUGACCAGAGCUGCAGACUUCCUGAGGCAGUUGAUCCCACCCCAAGCCUCCGUGUUGAGAACGAAGGAGCCCCAACGACACUAAGAGGUCGGACACUCUCAUUAGAGCUGGCUUUCGUAGGUAAACUUGUCGCCACGCCGCUCCUGCAAAAGCUAGCGUUUUUAAAAAGAAAGCUGCAUAUUUUAAAAGAUGGCUUUUUUGUUCUUGUUUUUUUUUUUCAAUCAAGCUGGGUGGGGUUUGUGGAAUUUUCUAGGUUUUCAAAUUAUUUAUCAUGCAGCAUGUGCAUCCCAGGGUGAAGAGACUGUGGGACUUUUGUUGACGUUUUAAAAUGAAGAGGGCCUCACUUUUCUUUGUUUCACAUGUGCAAAUGGAGAGCGUUGAACUGAAACAUAAUAUUUAGAACGUUCUAAGGUAACCAAGUUACUAAUUGUUGGUUUCCUAGCUAUGCGGGAUAAUAAUGGCAUGUUUGGACUACUUUAGUUUGAACGUGUAUGUGAAGUGUCGGAAAAUGCUGGUGAACCGUUAUUAUUCGUGUUGCUUCAACAUGAACUUAUCAGAGUAGGUGCAUUUUGCGACUGUUUUGACUCUUUGUGCUUCUUUUUUAGCAGCUUAAAUUCACACCAGUGCUCUUUCUGUGUACAGAGGUGCCGUUAGCCCAGAAAAUUCUCAGCAUGCCAGUGUAAAAACUCUGGUGUUUCGUGCGAUGGCCAACAAACAACUACUUGUGUAACAAGAGCUGCAUUGAGCUCUGUUGUCUUGCUUGAACGCAAAGCCUUGUGGUCUCGAACGUGUCUGUAAAUACAAGCAGCAAUUCUUUCUUUUCCUCCAUUCUUUUUCUUACUGCUGAGAGACACCAGUCUUCUAUGCCAUGCCUAAAUUAUUUUUAGCAUGUGAAGUGGGAUGUGCUCUCUUGUUUGUUUUCUUGUUUUGUAAAAAUGUAGGUAGCCACUUUGUGUGCUGUUGUUUUCUUUUACCACACCUAACUUCUGUAUGCUGUAUAGUAAAAUAAAAGAAACUAACACUGGA